CCCACAAAUUCGACAAUCUGCUCACAAUUAGCCCCUAAUAGUUUCUUGAGUUUCAUCAUUAACUGAUCAGGAUUUUUAUACAAUAUUAUACGAAUUAAAUCAUUUCUCAUAGGACAUAUUGAUCGAAGCAUAUAAUUUCUGAAGGAAUAUAAUGGCAAAUAUUCGCGGACCGGUCGCCUCUUUACUUUUGGUGCUGAAUUUCUGCAUGUAUGUUGUGCUCUUGUCCAUCGGCGGGUGGGCUAUGAAUAGAGCCAUUGAUGAAGGCUUCAUAAUUGGUCAAGGACUUAAACUCCCAGCGCGUUUCUCUCCGAUAAGCUUUCCGUUUGGAAAUGCGGCCACCGGAUUCUUCGUCACGUUCUCCAUGAUCGCUGGCGUCGUUGGAGUGGCAUCCGCCAUCGCCGGAAUAUCCCAUAUCCUCGGUGGGAACUCCGAGACUCAGGCUGCUGCUUCUGCUGCCGCUGCUUCUGCUGCUACUAUUGCUUGGACUCUUACUGCCCUUGCCAUGGGGUUUGCUUGGAAAGAGAUUCGGCUUAACAUUAGGAAUUCCAAGCUGAAAACUAUGGAAGCAUUCACGAUCAUUCUGACGUUUACUCAGCUCGCAUACAUAUUGGCCAUUUAUCUCAAGAAAUGAAUGAAUCAUCAGAUUUACGAGUAUACAUGGAGUGUGAUUUAUUUUGUUUAGUGAACAUUAUUUUUUCCAUUAAUAUUUCAUUGUUUAAUUUAGCUCAUUAGAAUUAUGUCACUUUGUGAGAAAUAAAAGCGUGCUGUGUGUUUAUAUGCCCCCAAAAAAUACUACGGAGUAUUUAAUUUCCAUUACAUAUGAUGGGUUGUUUCUGGUCAGAAGAACGUUUUCGAAUCAAAUUUAGUCGUUUAAAGAAA